AUGUUGCCUGCAGCACGUAGCUCGGUCUUGCGAGCAGCCCGCACACAGCUCCGACGGUCACAUCCCAUCGCCGUUCCACAAUACUCUGCCUUCGCACGAUUAGCCUCCACAUUUGCCGUCCUCGAGCAAAAAGAUGGAAAAUUCCAGCCGGCAUCUUUAGCAGCAGUCACAGCGGGAACCAAGAUUGGAGGCUCAAUAACAGCAUUCAUCGCUGGAAGUGGGGUCAAGUCGGUCGCAGAAGAGAUUGGAAAGGCAAAGGGCAUUGAGAAGGUCAUCUACGUGGAGAAUGGAGCAUACGACAAGGUCAGAGGUUCGCGAUGGUUGGUCGAGGGUCUUCCUGAGAACUAUGCGCCACUCUUGGUCGAGAACAUAAAGAAGGGCGGAUAUACACAUGUUGUUGCCGGACACUCUGCUUUUGGAAAGAACCUGAUGCCACGAGUAUCAGCUCUUCUAGAUACCCAGCAGAUCUCAGACAUCACGGCUAUUGAGGGCGAAGACAGUAAGUGGGGUGUCUCGCAGACUUCAGAGAUGUGGUCAUUUGUACGCCCGAUCUAUGCCGGUAACGCCAUCAUGACAGUCCAAUCGAGCGACAGCAUCAAGAUCAUUACCGUUCGCGGCACCGCAUUCCCUGCCCCCGAGACCGAGUGUGGAUCCGCCACACUAGAAGAGGGCGUUGACCCCAAGGCCGAAAGCCCCACAGAAUGGAUAUCCGAAGACCUUGCGAAGUCUGACCGUCCCGAUCUCGGUUCAGCAGAGAAGGUUGUGUCAGGAGGCCGUGGUCUCAAGUCCAAGGAGGAAUUCGACAAGCUCAUGCCGCCGCUAGCCGAUGCGCUUGGUGCUGCUAUCGGCGCGUCAAGAGCCGCAGUCGACAGUGGCUUUGCAGACAACAGUUUGCAGGUUGGACAGACUGGAAAGAACGUUGCGCCACAGCUGUACCUCUGCGCUGGUAUUUCUGGUGCAAUUCAGCAUUUGGCUGGUAUGAAGGACAGCAAGGUCAUCGCAGCCAUCAACAAGGACCCUGAGGCGCCUAUCUUCCAGGUCGCAGACGUCGGCCUCGUUGGUGAUUUGUUCGAGAAAGUACCAGAGCUCACAGAGAAGCUCAAGGCAUAG